UAGAGCAGCAUUUACCAGCUUCAGACAAGACACCCAUGUCAAAACGACUGGAUGACACUGAACCCUACUUCAUUGGAAUAUUUUGCUUCGAGGCCGGGAUCAAGAUCAUCGCUCUAGGCUUUGCUUUUCAUAAAGGCUCCUACCUCCACAAUGGGUGGAAUGUAAUGGAUUUUGUUGUUGUGUUGACGGGGAUUCUGACUGUAGUGGGGCCAGACUUUGAUUUGCGGACACUCAGGGCAGUAAGAGUCUUGCGGCCACUCAAACUGGUGUCUGGAAUUCCAAGUCUCCAAGUGGUUCUGAAGUCCAUCAUGAAAGCAAUGGUUCCUCUGCUUCAGAUUGGCCUUCUGCUCUUUUUUGCUAUCCUCAUGUUUGCCAUCAUUGGUCUAGACUUUUACAUGGGCAAGUUUCACCACACCUGCUUCAGAAACGAUACUGGGGAACAGGCAGCUGACUUUCCAUGUGGGAUGGAACCUCCAGCCCGGACGUGUGAAGGCGACACUGUUUGUAGGGAAUACUGGACCGGUCCAAACUUCGGCAUAACAAACUUUGACAACAUCCUGUUUGCUGUGCUCACCGUCUUCCAGUGCAUCACUAUGGAAGGAUGGGUGGACAUCCUUUACAAUGCCAAUGAUGCCUCAGGGAACACCUGGAACUGGCUCUACUUCAUCCCACUCAUCAUCAUCGGCUCUUUUUUCAUGCUCAACUUGGUUUUGGGGGUGCUGUCAGGGGAGUUUGCAAAGGAGCGAGAGCGUGUGGAGAAAAGGCAGGAGUUCCUGAAGCUUCGCAGACAACAGCAGAUCGAGAGGGAGCUGACCGGCUACCUGGAGUGGAUCUGCAAGGCAGAGGAAGUAAUGCUUGCUGAAGAAGAUAAAAAUGCAGAGGAGAAGGAGGAUGGUGCCUGGUACAAGAGGAAAUGCAACAACCCAGUAUUGAAGAGAGCCAAGAAGAGCAAAAAUGACCUCAUCAAUGCAGAGGAAGGAGAAGACCACUUCACUGACAUCUCAUCAGUCGCUCCCCAGGGCUCUCCAUUCACCCGUACAAGCCUGAAGAGCAGCAAGAACGAGAGCUCAUCAUACUUUCGCAGAAAAGCGAAGAGGUUUCGCUUCUUCAUCCGCCGUAUGGUGAAGGCCCAGAGCUUCUACUGGACUGUUCUGUGUAUAGUGGGACUGAACACACUGUGUGUGGCUAUAGUUCACUACGACCAGCCCAACUGGCUCACAUAUGCACUGUAUUUGGCGGAGUUUGUAUUCCUUGGUCUGUUUCUAAUAGAAAUGAGUCUGAAGAUGUAUGGCCUUGGGCCCAGGACCUACUUUCACUCCUCAUUUAACUGCUUUGACUUUGGGGUGAUUGUGGGUAGCAUUUUUGAGGUGAUUUGGGCAGCAGUAAAACCAGGAGCCUCUUAUGGCAUUAGUGUGUUGCGAGCACUACACACCCUCCUCAAUGUCUUUUUGGCCAUCGCUGUUGAUAAUCUUGCCAAUGCACAAGAACUCACCAAGGAUGAGGAGGAGCAGGAGGAGGCCAUCAGUAAGAAACUGGCUCUGCAGAAAGCCAAGGAGGUAAAGGAGGUCAGCCCCAUGUCGGCCGCUAACAUUUCCAUCACAGCUUUUAUAAGGCCAAAUCCUGGUGCUCUUUCAUGCAGCUCCUCCAACUCCAGCUCUCAUUCACCUAAAGAACAGCAGCGUUCUCUAAAAAUGAUGUCCGUAUGGGAGCAGCGCACCACGCAGAUUCGGAAGCACAUACGGGCCAGCAGUGAGGCAUUGUACCAAGAAGAGCUCAACCCUCGGCUGACCUCUAACCUUCACCUCCGCCCUGACAUGAAAACCCACCUGGACCGGCCUCUGGUGGUGGAACCUCGUUGUGAUGGUCCCAUCAGUCCCCACAGAGGCUGGGACAAACCCCAGAAUUUGCAAGGGGAGGGCGGCACACUGGAGGAACGAGUCCCCCCUGUGAUGGAGCCCCCACAGUCACACCAACCACACAAGCACCACCGUCACAGGGAUCGUCCCUCCAAUGAGACCAAUGAAAAUGGUGACACGGGUCAUGGCAAAGAAGGCUGGCAUCACGUCCAUCACAGCCGCAGUAAGGAGCAAGAUGGGACACGGUGUAAGGAGGGGAAGAGUGACAGGAGCCGGAGCAGAGAGGGGGGCCGCAGACAUCACCACCAGAGCUCAGUGGAUGAGGGUGGUGGGGAGAGAGAACAUCGUCACCAUCACUCCCACAGGCAUAACAGAGAGGGCAACGGAGUGGUCAGUGCUGGGGGGAAGAGCGAACGGCGGUCCAGGCAGAAGGAUGGCUCACGUUCGGGAACAAGGGAGGGAGAGAGGUGCUCCAGGGGCGAAAAUGGAGGUAAUGGAGGGAGGACACAGCACAGACUACGUACCAGUAAAGCUCAGUCCACGCUGGAAGGAGAGGAGCAACAAGGGAAUGAAGAGAAGGAGGAGGGCAAGUCGCACAGCCACAGACACAUGGACAUGGGAGGAGAUUCACUGGCUGUAAACCCCCAUCAACCUUCAGUUGGGAGCCGAUGGUGUCUUGAGAAGCCAGAAGACUUGGACAAUAAACUAAAUAUUGGUCAGACUGGAGGAAUGGGCACACACAUACCUGUGACCAUCACAUCUCCCCCUGGGGAAACAACCCUUAUUCCCAUGAACAGUAUAGACAGUGAGACGAUGCCCAUGACUGAGAAGAAUCUGGAGGAUCUGAACCAGAGCAGCCCUCGUCCUGUCCUUCCCUUCAGCUCCAUGUUCAUCUUCAGCCCAACCAAUCCGGUGAGACGUCUGUGCCACUACAUUGUGAGUCUGCGCUACUUUGAGAUGUGUAUCCUGGUGGUGAUUUCCAUGAGCAGUAUAGCCCUGGCUGCGGAGGACCCAGUCCAAGCCAAUGCCCCUCGUAACAAUGUCCUGAAGUAUUUGGACUAUGUCUUCACUGGUGUUUUCACUUUUGAGAUGGUCAUUAAGAUGGUGGAUUUAGGUUUAUUGCUGCAUCCUGGUUCGUACUUCAGAGAUCUGUGGAAUAUUCUGGAUUUCAUUGUGGUCAGUGGUGCACUGGUGGCAUUCACAUUCUCGAGCUUCAUGGGAUCACAUCAAAGCGUAAACAGAGGAACCAAGGGCAAAGACAUCAGCACUAUCAAGUCCCUGAGGGUGUUGCGAGUCUUGCGACCACUGAAGACCAUUAAACGUCUACCGAAACUGAAGGCCGUGUUUGACUGCGUGGUGAACUCCCUGAAGAACGUGUUGAAUAUCCUCAUUGUCUACAUCCUGUUCAUGUUCAUCUUUGCUGUCAUUGCUGUGCAGCUCUUCAAGGGCAAGUUUUUCUACUGCACAGACGAGUCCAAAGGCCUGGAGAAAUACUGCAGAGGGCUGUUCUUGGAUUAUGAUAAGGAUGAAGUAGCAGCCCAGCCCAGGGAGUGGAGGAAAUAUGAGUUCCACUACGACAAUGUGCUGUGGGCGUUUCUCACUCUCUUCACUGUUUCUACUGGAGAGGGCUGGCCAACGGUUUUGAAGCAUUCUGUAGAUGCCACUUUUGAGGACCAGGGUCCCAAUCCGGGCUACCGCAUGGAGAUGUCCAUCUUCUACGUGGUCUACUUUGUGGUCUUCCCCUUCUUCUUUGUCAACAUUUUCGUGGCCUUGAUAAUUAUCACAUUCCAGGAACAGGGCGACAAGGCCAUGUCAGAGUGCAGUCUGGAGAAGAAUGAGAGAGCCUGCAUUGACUUUGCUAUCAAUGCCAAACCGUUGACCCGCUAUAUGCCACAGAACCAGCAGUCCUUUCAGUACCGCUUGUGGAAGUUUGUGGUUUCUCCACCCUUUGAGUACUCCAUCAUGAUCAUGAUUGCUCUCAACACUGUGGUACUCAUGAUGAAGUUCCAUGGGGCUCCUGACUUUUAUGAAGCAAUGCUCAAGUAUCUCAACAUUGUUUUCACUGCUCUCUUUUCAAUGGAGUGUAUUCUCAAGAUUAUUGCUUUCGGCCCCUUGAAUUACCUGAAAGAUGCCUGGAAUGUGUUUGACUUUGUGACUGUGCUGGGCAGCAUCACUGACAUCUUAGUUACUGAGAUUAACGAACGUCUGCUGAACUUGAGUUUCCUGAGGCUCUUCAGAGCAGCCAGACUCGUCAAACUCCUCCGGCAGGGAUACACCAUUCGCAUCCUGCUCUGGACAUUCGUCCAAUCUUUUAAGGCACUGCCUUAUGUUUGCCUCCUAAUUGCCAUGCUGUUUUUCAUCUACGCCAUCAUUGGAAUGCAGGUGUUUGGGAACAUUGAGUUGAGUGAUGAUACCGCCAUAAAUCGCCACAACAACUUUCGCACUUUCCUCCAAGCGCUUAUGCUGUUGUUCAGGAGUGCUACUGGUGAAGCCUGGCAUGAGAUUAUGCUGUCCUGUCUGAGUGAGCGCACGUGUGAUGCAAGCUCAGGCAUUCAUGGAAAGGAGUGCGGGAGUGACUUUGCCUACUUCUACUUUGUCUCCUUUAUUUUCCUCUGUUCUUUCCUGAUGUUGAACCUGUUUGUGGCUGUCAUUAUGGACAACUUUGAAUAUCUGACACGUGAUUCCUCCAUCUUGGGCCCUCACCACCUGGAUGAGUUUAUCCGAGUGUGGGCAGAGUAUGACCCAGCCGCAUGUGGCCGUAUCAAGUACCUCGAUAUGUAUGAGAUGCUGCUCCACAUGUCCCCACCUUUAGGUUUGGGAAAGAAAUGCCCUCCACGAAUCGCCUACAAGCGGCUGGUGAAAAUGAACAUGCCCAUUGCAGAUGACAACAGUGUGCACUUCACCUCUACUUUGAUGGCUCUGAUCCGCACUGCCCUAGAGAUCAAACUGGCAUCAGGCAUGGUGGCCCAACGUCUGUCAGACGCUGAACUGAAGAAGGAGCUCACUACAGUCUGGCCAAACCUGUCUCAGAAGACUAUGGACCUGCUGGUCACUCCACACAAACCCAAUGAGCUUACAGUGGGGAAGGUAUAUGCGGCUCUUAUGAUUUUUGACUAUUACAAGCAAAACAGAGCCAAAAGACUUCAAAUGCAGCAACAGCAGCAGAGAGAACAGGCAGGACUUGGAUCUCAGAAUAAAGUCAGUGCUCUUUUAGAGCCUAUUCUCCCACUAACCCACAUGCAAGAUCAGGCCAUGAACAGUGUAGAUUCAGCCUCAGAGUUUCAAGCUCAGACCAGACCCAGCUCCACCAUGCUCAACAACGGACGCACACAUCUUGACAACACAAUAAAAGGAUCUUCAUCCUGGGCCUCAGAGAAGUCCAAGGAGGUGCAGCGGUCUAAACGGCGGCCAAUGUCCAGAGGUCAAUCAGAGGAUGCCUCAAAUGCGAACACUGUCCAGGAAUCAGUAGAAAUGAGGAAGAUGGAGAACAGUGCCAACACAGUGACCUCUGGCGGCUUUGCGGCCCAAGGACGUGCAGUAUCCAUGCCAAAACUCAACGCAGAGAUGCAGCAUCUGUUGUAUCUCUCUGAGUGUUUGGCACUGGGCAUGGUGGCCCAACGUCUGUCAGACGCUGAACUGAAGAAGGAGCUCACUACAGUCUGGCCAAACCUGUCUCAGAAGACUAUGGACCUGCUGGUCACUCCACACAAACCCAAUGAGCUUACAGUGGGGAAGGUAUAUGCGGCUCUUAUGAUUUUUGACUAUUACAAGCAAAACAGAGCCAAAAGACUUCAAAUGCAGCAACAGCAGCAGAGAGAACAGGCAGGACUUGGAUCUCAGAAUAAAGUCAGUGCUCUUUUAGAGCCUAUUCUCCCACUAACCCACAUGCAAGAUCAGGCCAUGAACAGUGUAGAUUCAGCCUCAGAGUUUCAAGCUCAGACCAGACCCAGCUCCACCAUGCUCAACAACGGACGCACACAUCUUGACAACACAAUAAAAGGAUCUUCAUCCUGGGCCUCAGAGAAGUCCAAGGAGGUGCAGCGGUCUAAACGGCGGCCAAUGUCCAGAGGUCAAUCAGAGGAUGCCUCAAAUGCGAACACUGUCCAGGAAUCAGUAGAAAUGAGGAAGAUGGAGAACAGUGCCAACACAGUGACCUCUGGCGGCUUUGAAGGCCAAGGACGUGCAGUAUCCAUGCCAAAACUCAACGCAGAGAUGCAGAGGAGUCAUUCCCGUCAUUCUCCUGGGACUUUACUGGAACCCAUUCCUGAUUCCCCCAUGAGACGCUCCGCAUCCACUUUUGCACCACAGCGCCCUCAGGAGGUGAAUCUGAAUGACUACACUUUGGUGAAACCUGUUCAAGAACGACAUCACCACCAUCACCAUCAUCACCGAUGCCAUCAUCGUAGGGACAGAGACAAGAAACAGAGAUCUCUGGACAGGUCGCCCACUGGCCAACACAAAGCUACAGGCACAGCCGCUGACCUUGUAGAGGAGAGGACGCAUGACCGAGGUCGUUCCCACGAGAGGAAGCAUCAUUCAUCUUCGGCGGAGAAGCAGCGGUAUUACUCAUGUGAUCGCUAUGGCAGUCAGGAACACUGUCCCAGCAAGUCUGCCGUGGCAAGCUGUGCCACUUCGCCUAGCGAGGCCCAGGAGGCCAGUCUCAACAAGCAGGGCAGUGGGUGGGCUAAGGGGAGCCCGGUGUUGUUGACCUCAGGGGCGAGCACUCCAAGCCAUGGGCGCAGACAGCUGCCCCAGACCCCCCUUACUCCUCGUCCCUCUGUGGCCUACAGGACUGCCAACUCCUCCCCUGUGCAGUUUCUGGGCACACAGGCCGGCUUGCUUCCCUCGAGUCCCGGCAGGCUGAGCCGCGGUCUGUCCGAGCACAACUCCCUCUUACACAGCGGCUCCAUCUCCAGCUCGCAGGCCCCCGUCAGUCGCAUUAACUCAGAACCCUUCCUUGGGCCCCCGGACCACCCUGCCGUCCUCCAACCCGAAGCCUACGCUGUCUUCCAAGAGGAUCUGAGCCCUCAGAUGGGCCGUUCUCCCCAGACUAUAGGGAUGCCGAUCGUGGCGAUUCCCCCACCUCCCCAACAGCAGUUCCGUGGGCUUCCCAAUGGAUACCACUUUACCAUGGGCCCCGGCGCCAGCAGAGGACGGGCACGGCAGUACUACCCAGAGGCAGAGGUGGACGACUGGUGCUAGCAUGGCUUUAAUUUACACUCACACAUACAGAUGAUUUUGUUUUUCGAAUCAUGAUGAGUUUUAUCAUCUCUUAUUUUGCGGGUGGUGUUAAAUGCAGUAAUACAUGUAUUUGUUUUUCAAUGUCCAAAGGAUAAAACAUACAUGUACACUUACAAAGCAGCAGAUGUGGUAUAAAAAGGAUAAAAUUCACCCAAUUUGGAUGUAUUUCAGUCAGGCAAAAUGGUUUGGUGGGUGUGGUCUCUUUAAAAACACACAAGAUUGACAGUUUAUGUGCAAACACAUGGGCUUUCUCUUAAUCUUUGCCUUUUUAAGGGCAACAAAUGCCAAAAUGUGCUUGUGUAACCUGGGAAAAGACUGACCCACUGCUUCAAAUGUAGACCACAAUGGGCAUCUGGCCAGUUUCCCUCAAAGCCAGCCUCUGAGACGCACCCCAAAUGCAAAUAUUCCCAUGAAAAUGUUAUCUUGGCAUUAUAGAUGUACCUUGUAUCGUUUUAUUUGGCGAAACGCACAAUAUCAGUGCCCCCCAUCUCCGUCUAAGAGAAUUAAACGUUAUUUCACACUGUUGCUAAAGCAGAUUGUUCAUUAUGCUGCUGAUGACCAUUCCUCACACAUAUCACUAUGUGUGAAACCUUUGACAACCAUAUUGUACUUUGUUUUAUAUCAAAUUGUGGAUAUUUUAUCUAUUCAUUAUGUGCUUUUUUGUAUUGUAAAGACGAACGGUUUUACGUAAAUCGCUUACGGCUUCAUCAUACUGUCAGGUCUAACAAUUCUUCUUGACUGCUCCAGAUGUUAUUUACAAAGUGCCUAACCUUUUGAAUAUAUUGUAGUAGUGAUGCAACCUCAGUCUUUUUUUUAGUGCAUCCACACUUGAGAGAGUGAACUGAACAAGCUCUAAGGGUUAAAUGGAACUACAAGGUGUUACGAUCGCAGGCCUUAAUUCAGA